AAGUAUAGUAUGAUGUAGUACUUUGCCAAAGGACAUUUGUAUUGGAAUGACGAUGCUCGAAUGCAGAGCGGUGAAAACUGCGUUCCGGCUCCUCUUCUCUCCAAGAUGGUGAUUCCCUAUCGUUCCUGUCAUCAUGGACCAAUGAUAUAAAACCCCCAAUCGAUGUGGCCGAUAGCUAUCUUCAUCCAGCUAUGUCUUCCACCACUCAAGAACCCAAAGAAUAUAAAAGCCUACUCAUUCGAGGGAAUACCGAGUCGAGCCCAUUCUCUCGCGCUCUGUUUAUAAUCUUACGAUCCAUCGAUCUCCCUAUCCAAUACUCCAUCCUCUCUUCGAAUUCCCUUGGCGUACACGGACAGAGUCUCAUCCAUGUUCUAGGUGGAACACCGGUUCGAGUGACUUCUGCCACCGACACACCGCGCUUAAUUCUCUUGGCCAUGACCCUCGCCGCAUUCGCUAAACAGAUCUACUGGGUCCUAGCUGUCUCCAUGACCCCCGUCACACCAAAGACUUCCGCAUUAAUCAGUCUAUUCAACUUGUCCUGCAAUACCGCGAAUACAGUGUUAUUCGUCAACGCUGCUACGUCUGUGCUAACCUCCAACAGUGCAACCAGGUCCAGGGAUGAAACAAAUCAUCUGCCUAUACAGAUGUUUGUGGGAUUAGCCGUCUUCGUUCUCGGCUUAGCUGUGGAGUGGGUCUCGGAGAUCCAGAGGACGAGGUUCAAAACCGAACCGAGGAAUAAAGGACAGAUAUACACCAAAGGCUUAUUUGCCUACACCAGGCAUAUUAAUUAUACUGGAUACGUGCUAUGGAGAACAGGGUUUGCUACAGCUGCCGCGGGCUGGGGAUGGGGGGCAUUUGUAGCGAGUGCGUUCACGUAUGAUUUCUUGACUAGAGGGAUUCCGGAGCUGGAUCAGUAUUGUGAAAGGAAGGUGUGUAAAACAACAUUUCUGUGAGAUGUUUUGAGGUCUCUCAUUGAUGGAUUAUUCAGUAUGGUGAAGGAUGGGCACAGUACAAGAAGGUUGUUCCGUAUAAACUUUUCCCGUUUAUCAUUUAGUUGCGGGUGUGUUCA